GUGGAUCCGUUCUUACAGUGUUGCCACGCACAGGAUGUCCUUAAAAUUAAUUAAGUCUUCCUCGACUCUCAUUUCUGCAACCCAUUUACAGAAUGUAGAUACCUAUUUUCAUAUUUUCGUCUUCCCCCCUCCCUCCCUUUUAUUCCUCUCUCUCUCCCUCUCCCUCUCUCUCUCCCUCUCCCCCCCUCUUUUUCGCUGUUGCCUCUUUGCCUCCCUAAAUCAAGGUGCAAAGAUGCCAAAGAGUGAUGAAAUGAAAAGAAAGCCAAUUGCUGGACUGAGGUGGGGGAGAUAGCUGCUCGGAGUCCGCCUGCGACUAUGGAGCAGUCAGUAAUUGCUGGAGACAGGGAGAGCUGGGGGUUGGGCUGAGGUAGCCAUGUAUAAAUAGUGUGAUCUCAAAUUGAAAGGCAUAAAUAACAGCAGGAGUGAUCUAACCCUAUACAGCCCAUCUUCUACGUGCAAAAACAGCGUGCGGAGGACGGCCACAUCUCCGAUUGAAAACAAGUGGAUCUCUGUGGAUAAGAUCACCGGGCAGCCAUGGAAGAACUUACGGCUUUUGUAUCCAAAUCUUUUGACCAGAAAAGCAAAGAGAGCAGCAGCGGCAGUGGCAGCGGAAACAAGAAGGAGACGAUCACGUACAGGGAAGUUUUGGAGAGUGGGUUGGCUCGCUCUAGGGAGCUUGGAAACUCUGAUUCUAACCUGCAGGACAUGACCGAGAGCAGCAACCAUUGCCCGGUGCAUCUUUUCAAAGACCACGUAGAGAGCGACAAGGACAAACUGAAGGAGUUCAACACGGGCAGGACAGCGGAAGGGAUCUACGAAUGCAAAGAGAAGAGGGAAGAUGUGAAGUCAGAAGAUGAAGACGGACAGACCAAGCUUAAACAAAGGAGAAGCAGAACCAAUUUCACACUAGAGCAGCUGAACGAGCUGGAAAGACUUUUUGAUGAGACUCACUAUCCGGAUGCCUUCAUGAGGGAGGAACUAAGCCAGAGGCUGGGACUAUCUGAAGCUAGGGUUCAGGUCUGGUUCCAGAACAGGAGAGCAAAGUGCCGAAAGCAGGAAAACCAGAUGCACAAAGGUGUGAUCCUGGGAACCGCCAGCCAUUUAGACGCCUGCAGAGUAGCCCCCUACGUGAAUAUGGGAGCCCUGAGGAUGCCUUUCCAACAGGUCCAGGCGCAGCUGCAGCUGGAGGGCGUGGCCCACGCGCACCCGCACCUGCACCCGCACCUGGCUGCCCACGCGCCCUACCUGAUGUUCCCGCCGCCGCCCUUCGGGCUGCCCAUCGCCUCCCUGGCCGAGUCCGCCUCCGCCGCCGCCGUGGUGGCCGCUGCCGCCAAGAGCAACAGCAAGAACUCCAGCAUCGCCGACCUGCGGCUGAAGGCCCGCAAGCACGCCGAGGCCCUGGGGCUCUGACACGCUUCCCCCGAGCCCCCCAUCACACCCCGCCCCGGGUGCCCGCGGCGGGCGGGCGUGUGACCCGCACGGACCGCCGCUCUGCUCCCCCGCUCCUCCUCAUCCUCCUCCUCCCUGGCUGCAGGGCGAGCAGCGAGGGCUCCGGCCGCCCUGCCGCCUUAUCUCUUUUUUAUUUUAUUUUAUUAUAUAUUUUUGUUUUGUUUUUAUUCCUUUCCCCUUCCCCGAGGUCUGCGAGCGCCGCUCCGCUCGCCUGGCCGGCCCCAGGGACUCGGCGGCCGGGAGGCGCCGCGUGGCGCGGUGGGGACGCAACACACGCGAGCAGCAGGCGCGCACCCGCCAGUCAGAGACUCCUCGGAGGACAAAGUAGGUGGGAGGAGAGAGAAAAGAGAGUUAAAAAAAAUCACAAAAAGAGAGGAAAAAAAAAAAAAAGGAAACGAUCUCUAAAUUAUGUUAAUCUGUGAACAUUGGGGACACUUCGGAUUUUUGACCCUGGCAAAAGUGAUCGCUCCGGCAUAACGUCAUCUGCUGCUGUCAGUUUUGCUACCUUGUGCAUGUGUCAAACUAAACACGUUUUGAAGAUCAGAAAUAUAUUAGAACAAAACUAAACAAAACAAAUAGUAAUAAUAAUAAAUAAUAAAUCCUUGGGGCUGGUCUCCAUUAAAGAUGACAUUUCUUUGUUGCCAACAGUAUUAUUUCACUGCCAUGAAUCUCUUCCAUCACUGAGGAGCUGCUGCAGAACUGGUUUGAAUUUAAAUGUGGAAUUUCAGAUCUGAGGCAAGGCAGGUUUUUAUUUUCCUUCUUUUCUUUCCUAAAAGAUAAAAAAAAAAAAAGAGCAGCAAUAACAAAAAAGUGUGUGUCUCAAAUGGCUAUGUCCUUUGAAAGGAGAAAAAAAAGAGACAAGAACUUACUAAUUGUUAGUGAUAACUUGAAAGAUGGGAACAAUAAGAAAUGCACCUGUUUUGCCAGAAUUACCUGAACUCAAAGAGAUGUGUUGUGCCAUAGAAACAGGUCAAUUUUUAAUUUUUCCCCCCAAAUGUCUAGAUCAGAAUCUCACUGUUUUACAGGAUGUAGAAAGAAUAAAUUAUACAACAAAGAUGGACAUACGGUUUUAAGGCAUAAUACUGAUGCAGCAUUAAUUUUAGUGAAAUGCAAUUAAGUGCAGUAAAGUGCAAUACUGUAAAUAUUAUAGAUUUAAAAAAUAGCCGUACUUAUUCCGUUAUUAACAAAUUCUGCAAGAUCCAUAACUUAAAUCCUUUAUGCUCAGACUGUUGCAUUGCAGCUCCUUGCCAAAAUGACAGUCCGAGCCUUCUAGGAAUGGAAAAAGUUAUAUGUAUCACAUAUGGGAAAAGGUAGAUACUAUGAUUUCUAGUCAACUUAAUCUGACAUAUUUCUGGGAAGCAAGCUGAAAAGUCUGUAUGACACUUUCACAUGAUUUUAAGUACAAAAAACCCAACAACAAACCCAAACAAGUUAAAACAACCCAUGGAAGUGUUCUGUAGAAGAGGACAAGUUCAAUAUUUGGCCAUUUUAAUUUUUGCCUGUGAUUUGGACACCAAGUAAUAAGUUAAUGCUUAAGCAAAGUAACACUACAAAUCCAGCAAGGAUGGAGAGCAAGGAAGUCCUUUAAAUUAUAUUACCAAAGUGUCUGAGUUUACUGACCCUCCUCCCCAGUUUUACUUUUUUCUGUUAUUCACUUCUAAUUAGGUUUGGGGUUUUAAAAAAUUUUUUUGCUGGAGCAGAGAGAGGAAGGUACAAAUAGUGGUCUUGUCUUCAUCUAACAAGAUAGUUAUUUGUUGCCUUCGCUACUGAGGUCUGUGUUGAUGGAGGGUUAUCCUCUGAAUAGCACCAUUAUUAGACCUGCUUUUUAUGUCUUGUUUAGCAAUCCAUUACUAGUUUUGGCUUUUGCUGAUAUUUAUCAAAUCCAAAUAUUACUGUAGGACACAAAUUCAUACUUAGGAUAAUUUUUAGAGACUUUUCUCUUUUUUUUUUGGUGUGCGUGUUUUUUUUGUUUCCUUCAAAUUUUGAUAUUUUCAAGCAAACUAAAUUUCUGGAAUGUCAAAAUGGUACCAUUUCCCUUCUAUUUAUUAUGUGAGAAGUAGUUAAUGUCUUGGAUUUGCAGGGGCUGAUAAAAGUUGCCUGUCUUUUUACCUCUCUGUGAAAGUCUAAUACAUUUUAAAAGCAAGGCCAAAAUAUUAAGGUAGCAUUACUUGUUGCUGAGAAAUAGAGACCCAAUUUCAGGCAAUUAACAAUUUCUUAUUGAAACAAAACAUUGUCUGGAAAGUAAAAUGUUAUUCAUGAUUAUGUAUGAAAUUCUGGCUAGUAUGAGAAAUGUUUGGAGUGGUUCUAGCAUUUCUAAAAUGCAGAUCUGAAAAAUAAUAAACAUUAGUACAAAGGUGGUUUAGGUUAAAGUAAGCAACCUGUUGUACUGACACCCACAGCCAUUGAAGGAGAAUUAGAAACAUGGUAUUGAAGACCAAAGGCAUAGAGCUAUCCAUUGAAUGGGGACUGCUUGUUAUCUGUACUCUAAAGUGCUAGCCUUUCAAAUCCUCUUUUGAGAAUUUGAGAGAGGCUUACAUGAUUAUUUUGCAGUCCUGUACUGGACUUGCAGAAAGCAGUGAUUUUUACCCUCAAAUAAUUCCACAGACUGGACUUUUUGAAGUUGUAGGGUUGGGAUAUGAAUUUUCUCAGACAUCCAAGUGAGUAUUAUAGGAUACACAUACGGUAUGCAUCCACCUUGUGUGGGGAAGGAAUAACUUCCUGCCUUUUUUGUUCUACUAGAUACAAACACAGCAAAAAAAUGCCUGUAGAUUUCUCUCAGAAAUUUUACUUCUUUAUGGUAUUCAAAACACAGCGACAACGUGAAUACUAUUCCCUGCUAAGAUGAAACAAGGCUGGUAGCGUAACAUACAUCUUCCCAGAAUGAAAUAUUCUUACUUUUUCUGAGUGCUUUCAAUGAAUGUCUCAAGGACAAUCUUGCUCUCUAACACAGAAGGGAAGAAGUUGGCAAGAUUUAUCAAUUUAGCAUGCUUUGAAGGAGGUACCACAGGUCAGCCUGGGGAGAGGGGCAGGGUGUCACUGGGAAUCUACCAAGGUGAUUCAUGCUGCUCUUGCUUUUCAUUUGGCAUGAAAGGAAAUGAAAAAGUGCACUGCGUAGGGGUUAUUGCCAAAACUGGUUCUGCUUUGCUUUCUUGGAAGGGUCAAUUGCAUGAGUGGGGGUGUAAAAUCUUUACCUUGUUUUGAAUGAUGCACGCAGGUGACCUCCUCUUCUUGCCAUCUUUACAUUAUCGGGAAGAAAUGAGACAUCCUACCUGGCUUACCAUGUAUUGGACUGUACUUUUCUCUAAGUGUAAGUCACUGUGACUCCAUUCACCAUGUGGAGCAUCAGUGAUCCAUACAAGUUGAGAUUUGGACCAAAGCAUCUACUCCAUCUCUGUUAAUGUGUGGUCUCUUUUUGUUUGUUUGUUUUGUUUUUGGUUGUAAAUUGUUUUCUUAAGUAGGUUGAAGGUUGAAGAUAACAUAGUCAUUGUCCUGAGGUGCUAACUAAAGUUUAAAAGUAUCGCAAUUGAGAUUCUCAGGCAUGCUAAGCCUCAUUUACUGUCCACCAUCAUCCGACCUGAUCUUUGUGUAAUCUUUAAUUUGAGAAGUGUAAGAUGUCCAAGAUCAUCAAAACAGCAGUCACUGAGCAGAAUUUCCUUGGAGAAGGCUUUCAUUCAGCAUAUGAGGAUUGCUAAAGAAUCUUUCUCACAAGAUUUGUCUGGUAUUUGAAAAAUAACUUGAAUGAAUGCCAAAAGAAUAAUGAUGUUUAUAAGCAAGACUGUAAAAAAGGUUUCAUGCCUUAAAUGGGCCCCUUUAUGAUGGAAAGAAUAGAUUCUGGGUUUUUUUUUAAAUUGUCAAGUUAAAGUACUUAAUUAAUUUGUAUGAAAAUAACCAGUUGACUCUAUGGCUCAUUUUUAUUGACUUGAAAAUAAGUGAAAAAAAUUAUGCUGAAAGUUUUUUGCUUCGUAGGGUCAUAUAGAUGUAGUAACAUUUUGGUUAAUAACAUAAUACUUAACACUUACAUAUUUGUUCAUUUGCAAAGCACUGUAUAAAUACCUAUUAUUUAAUCCUUACCCAUUAUGAACUAGGUAAGAAUUAUUGUCCCCAUUUUUGUAGAAAUUAAGGCAUAUAAAUGGAGGGCCAGGUUCCAUCACCCAUUGUCAGCACUGAGUAUGAUUACUUUUGUUUUUGUAAUGUAGCAGCAUCCCCCAGAUCAUAAUCUGACAUGAGCUUUGUGGUGGUAGACAACCUUUUACAUAGCCAGGGCUCCUGGAAAUUUAAGCUCUGUACCUGACUUCAGCAAAAGUUUUAAAGGUCACAUUGAAUGUGUUUUGGAGGGUCAAAAUGUGCCUGUGAGUUAUUUCCACAGAACAUAAAGUUAUUGUCCAAUUCUCCGACCCUGUAUGUCAGUGGGAAUUUUGUUUAUGACUCAAUGGGGCCGAGUUGUGUCAGUGCUAAGACUAAAACCAAAUUUUCGAGUUCUCGAUGGCAUGCACAAAUUGCUAGGAAACUCUGAUUUCCAACUUCCCUUACUAUAAAUUUUUCACACAGACCAAGUGUACAGAUGUCAAUUCUUUGCAUGCUUUAUCUGCUAUGUCUUUUAGUCCUAUGUUUACUUAUAAAAUAAUAAUAAGACAUGAUUUUGAAUUGACAUAACAUUGACACAUUGGGACUGUUGACUCAAAUCAAAUAGACAUGUAGUAGUACAGAAAUCCAGAUCCCUAAGGCAAACCCAGGUUAUGGAUUUAUUUAUUUCUUUAUGACAAAAAAUACGCAUGUUUUCUGCUUGUUUAAAUGUGCUAGACUAAAUAAUUUUUUUUUUAAACAGAUUAUUUUAGUUUUUGGAGACAUUAUUGCUUUGGAGAUGGCAGGCUUCUUUCCCCCUUCAGUUUGAGGAAAUCUUUCAAAGUAUAGGAAAAAUAGAUUACACGUCUUUCUUAGAAAUCUGUUUAUUUUUAUAAUAUCUAAUCUCUAAUGAUCCAGGUUGUGUCCUUGUAACUGCUAAUUUUACACAACUCUAUAGAGUGCACACAGCCAAUAUGGUUGGAAAUUUUUUGUGUUCCUCUUUAAACAGGAUGGUUGAAGCGCCCCACUUUUCAUCUGUAAGCAACCUUCUUAUCCCCUUAUGUUGUUUUCUUUCCCUGAUGUGACAUCAUUUUCUUGGCAAAAAAGUUUUCAAACAGUUGUGGAUAACAUGGCAUCAGCUGCUCAUUCAGUCCUUUGAAAAUCUCCACUGAUUGCAGUUAGAUGUGAAAGGGCUGGAGAAGGUCUGGUAUUGCUUGGAAAUAAAUAAAUAAUAAUAACUAAAACAAUAAUGGAAAGAAGUGUGGAGUGUUACACAAUGUGCUCUCCUUCAGAGACCAGUGGAGCCUUCUGCUUUCUGCCUUGUGCUUGUAAAAUGGCAUCUCUAAGUCACUUCUUUAGAAGGUACAACAUGGGUCCCGUCAAUGUUGUGCUGUGGCUAAUUUUAUAUUGGUUAUUUUUGCUGGCUGGCUUUUCUAGCUGGGUCAGUGGAAGGCCACGGGCUUUGGUGUUUGAGGCAUUCUUCAAAAGGGGUAUGAUGCCAGAUAUCCCUCAAAUUCUUUCUGUUGGACAGAUUUGAUGCUAAAAGUUGGUUCCUAAUUUUAGUUAAUUUGCUGAUAUCAAAUAAAUAAUUGAAACAUAAUGUAGUUCAUACGCCUUAUAUUGAAAAUUGAUAUAUAACUAAAAUCAGUUGAAGAAUGUAGAAAAUAUCAGAUUUUGAAGCUGAAGAUAUUUAUUGAAAGACAAUACUUUCAUGAAUCUAGGCUUAUGGUAUGUAUUAAUUACAUCAAAGACAGGCAAAUAUCUCUGUUUCUUUGUAUUAAUGUAUAUGGAUGUUUUAUUUAUUUUUUGUUUGAAAAUUCUAAAUGUGUAUUAUUUUAAUUAUGUUGAGUGUAAAUUUGACAAUGCUUUGCAUUUAUUUUUAUAUUUUAAGACCCUGUUGCUUUUGCAAAAAUAUGAGCAGCCAGUAUGAUUUGCAGUACCGUAGCAUUAUUUUGGUUAUGUACUCACAGUGUGUCUGAUUUACAGACAUUUCAGGGAUUGCGAAAAUGAAACAAACAAACAAAAAUUCUUCAAACCUAACUCAUCUUAAAAGGUUGUACCCCUUUGCUAUUGUGGAAGAGAAAAAGAAACAAGCAAACAACCUUUUUUUAGGACUUUAUGCCAGCAUGCUCCUACAUGAAUUCACCAGACAUGUUGAGUUCCAUUUUUGGAGUGUAUUAUGUUGAAUCACAUGAUAUGAAUGUACAUCUUGUAAAAGUGAGAUAUGAAUAAACUUAUAAAUAUUUGUAGUUACGUGUUAACGGAUACUCAGAAUAACUGCUACCAAAGGGAAUAUGAAAAACAAGGUAUGUCCCCUUGUUAAAACAGAGCUUUUUCUUCUGUAUUUAAUGCAUUUUCAAGCGCCUUAUUCAUUUUGUCCUUGCAAGGAAUCAAAGCUGUGCAUCUUAUUCUGUAGCCGUUUUAUUUCACUUACAAGUCUCUCAUUGGCUUUUAUGCAAAUUGUACAGAUCAAGUUGUAGCUUAGUGAUGGUUAAUCAGAUGCUUUUUUUGUACCCAUCUAAUAAUGAUAUGAUUUUUUGUGUUGUUUUAUUUUGGUUGCUAUCCUAUUUUUUAAAGGGGGUAAUAAUUUUUCCUAGUGUCAGGGGGAAUAAAGGAGCCUUCACAGUGGAACAUCCUAGGGAUUGUA